CUCCAUUUUUCUGAUCGACGAUCCCCAUAUUUUAUUCCCUCUAAAUUCCCAAUUGAAAACCCUAAUUGUUUUCCCUCCACUUAAUUCAGUGUACCUUCCGCAAAAAAUUGUUAGUUUGAUUUUUCGUUUUUUUUAAACUUCACUGAGAUUCCAAAAUUAGCUCGGAGCCUUAAUUUGUUACACGUGGCGAUCUGGGUCUUACUUCUUGCUUCGCUUCCAUUGCUGCCCAUAUCUCGAAAAGAUGAAAUGGUUGAAUAUGACAAGUCAGCUUCUUUUGUGGUUAGUCACUUUGGAAUCUUUAUAGCAUUUAUUUCAAGAGUUUGGUUUUGAAAAUCAUUUGAACUUUCCCAAUGGAAGAGAACAAAGAGGAAGCACUUAAAGCGAAAGAGAUUGCUGAGAAGCGAUUUUGUGAAAGAGACUUUGCAGGUGCGAAGAACUAUGCAUUAAAGGCUAAAUCGUUGUAUCCUGGGUUAGAGGGUAUGUCGCAGAUGGUGUCCACAUUCGAAGUUUAUGCUGCAUCUGAGGCUAAAUGUAAUGGUGACAUCGAUUAUUAUUCGAUUCUUGGAUUGAAGCCUUCUGCAGAUAGAGAGGCAGCGAAGAAACAGUACAGAAAGAUGGCUGUGUUACUCCAUCCUGAUAAGAAUAAAAGUGUGGGAGCUGAUGGGGCUUUCAAACUAUUAUCUGAGGCGUGGACUUUGUUGUCGGAUAAAAUCAAGAAAAGUGACUAUGAUAUCAAGAGAAACAAACAGAUGCCUUGUAGAGUGGUUCAAACUCCAACAUAUGCCACUGGGGUUACAGGUUUGAGCAACUGCUCAAGUACUUCGCAAGGUAUACACGCUACUUUCUGGACUGUAUGCACCUCUUGUAAAGUUCAGUAUGAGUAUCUCCGUAAGUAUGUCAACAAGAGACUCUCAUGUAAGAACUGCCGAGGUACUUUCAUUGCAGUUGAAACAGGUUCAGCCCCAGUGAAUGGUUCUUUCCCCUAUUGUGCUUGGUCUUAUGUGCCGAGUAAUGGAUACACAAGUCAUGGAUAUGAUGGGGUCACAUACGUUCCAACAAAUGCUACCUCAGUUACUGGAAAUGUGGUCUCAGGUUAUCAUUCCGGGCAUGGGUACGAUUAUGUUUCUAACAUGCCUUUUCAGUGGAGUUCAUACUCUGGAACAUCUACUGGGGUCUUGGGCCAUAAUGGAUUAUCUACAAUUUCCACUGAUUCCAUUUAUCAGACCAACAGAGAUGAUCGAGGAGCAGGGUUGAAGAUGAAAUCAAGUGCCAAUGGAAAGCAUUCCAUGAAAAAUAUUGUCACUCAUACAGUUCCAAACUUGUUCAAUGGCUAUAAUGAAGCUUCGGGAUCUAAGACUGGUGGAGUUGAGAAGAAAAGGAAGGUUAUUGUUGGUUCCGAAUUUAAAAGUGGAUACGAAGAUAAGGGAUUAAAAUCAUCAGAAGCAGGGAUAACAAAUGGGAAUGGUGUUGAGCCUGAUCCAAAACCUUUCAACCCAAAUGAACCACCAAAUAGGCGAUGCUUAACACCACCGACAUUUGAUGCUAUAAAGUUGUUAAUUGACAAGGCAAGGACAGAAAUUCAAAAGAAAUUGGAAGAGAUUAAGUUGGCUUCAGAGGCAGCUGCUACAGCCUCAGCAGUUAAAUUAGGCACUGAUGGAGUUCAACCACCACCAGUCUGCAAGGCUCCCAAGAUAUAUGUUCAUCAAUCAGCAUCACAUAAAACUGCACCUGUCUCAAUUACAGUUCCGGACUCCGACUUUCAUGAUUUUGACAAAGAUAGAUCAGAGGAAUGCUUCAAACCGAAGCAAAUAUGGGCACUGUAUGAUGAAGAUGAUGGUAUGCCUCGAUUAUAUUGCUUGAUUCGGCAGAUUGUCUCUGUAAAACCAUUUAAGAUUCUCAUCACUUACUUGAACUCCAAGACUGACAAUGAAUUCGGGUCAGUGAAUUGGUUGGAUUUGGGGUUUACUAAAUCUUGUGGGCACUUCAGGGCAUGGACUUCUGACAUUAUUGAUCAGGUCAACAUUUUCUCUCAUCUUCUGAGAGGAGAAAAGGCUGGAAGGGGAGGUUGCGUUCGCAUAUUCCCCAAGACUGGAGAUAUUUGGGCUGUUUAUCGGAAUUGGUCACCAGAAUGGAACAGAUCAACUCCUGACGAAGUGAGGCACCAAUAUGAGAUGGUGGAGGUGCUUGAUGAUUAUUCUGAAGAGCUUGGAGUUUGUGUUACUCCCCUUGUCAAAUUAGUAGGAUUCAAAACUGUGUAUCAGAGAAAUACAAACAAGGAUGCCAUUAAAUGGAUUCCAAGGAAAGAGAUGUUCCGCUUCUCACACCAGGUUCCUUCAUGGCUACUUCAAGGAGAAUCCAGUGAUAUAUCCAAUCAUUGUUGGGAUUUGGACCCAGCGGCAACUCCAGAUGAACUUCUUCAUGCUGCAACAGAAGCAAAGGCUUAACAUAACCUUGUCAUGCAAGAAAUGAUAAAGGAAAAGGCAUGAUUAGUUUGGAAUUUGGUUUACCGUUCAUAAAGAGAACUUAGAUUUGACUUUACAAACUUUUCACACUUUGUUUAGCAGCCAAUGCGACAUUAAAUCCUGAUGAUUUUAGAGGAUGUAAUAUUGCUGAGGAACAGUAUCUAUGCUUCUACAAUUCUGAAUCUAUUGAAUGCUUUUGGUUACCAAGAAAAGCUCUUCUUGAUGCUUUAUCAUCUAUUGAUGAUCACUACAAUUUUGGGAUUGAGAACCAAUGCAGGUGCUUAGCUGGCUUACUCACAGGAUUUACAUAUCCAACCUGAUUUGAUGAAAGCUUCAGGCGCUGAUGCAACAUUUUAAGAGACCAUCAAUGGAGGUUUAACAGUGACCCUGUUAUCAAAGGUUUCGUGCCGAAAUACAAGAAUUUGACAGCAUCCCAGAAAGAGUCCCUGCUGUUGUACCAUGGCAUUAAGGUGUACCAGUUGAUGCAAAUGCUGAAAUCCGACAAUGGGAUACACAGGCAACAGAUGGAGCGAUUUCACCACACAAAGUGAUGGCACGGUCAUGACUAAAAGGAUUACAAGGACUCUCGAUGACAAGCCGUUAUUGUUUACAAAACUGAUAAGGUGGAACCAAAGCCAUCAAAAUCCUAGCACAAGGCAGCAGAAGAUGCACCAGUAGAGAGUGAUCCAGCUGAUGAUCAGAGAGCUGACUAUGAAAAGAGGUUUGCCAAAUUGGACAUAGGAGAUUGGUGGUGGUAUUGUUUAGCUUUGAUAUUGGGGUGUUGUUCCCACUUUUCUUUAUUCUCUU